GUGGCGCGGCUGUCGGCCAACCUGUCCGUCACCGCUGACUUUGGGUGGGCCGCCACCAGGGUGUCCAGGGUGGACGUGGCCUACGCCGCCCUGGACGCCGCCAGCCCCGUCAACGCGGACGGCUGGGACAAGGCCAUAGACUGGGUGGUGCGCCAGGCGGGGGCGCGGCUAGCGCUGUCCAGGAUCUGGGAUGACUACGUAAAGACCCCGGUGGCGCCCUUCUUCGCGCUGGAGCGCGUGGCCACGGGGUCGGCCGGGGACGAGUGGCGUGGCCUCAGCGCAGACGUCAGGCUCACGGCGGCGGUCGGGGGCGGCGGCGCGGGGGCAAUCCCAGGGGGAGCGCUCGGGCCGCAGCGCAGCGGCGGGGCAGGCGCCCAACGGGUCAGGGGCAGGCGGGAGGGGCCUUUUGAGAUGGUGUGA